AUGAUACUCUCAGACCCUGAAGCACCACUGAGAUCAACAGAGACUGACCUGAGGGUAAAGGAAAUCAUGAAGAAAUUAGAGCAGUUGAUGCCACCCAGACCUUUCCCCCACAUGAAUGCCACCAGCAGCGCAGCCUACAGUAGAGUCACCGUGCUAAACCCUCAAGACACCUACUGCACCGGGGAGCAGCUAGACCUGCUGCUGGAAAUGAGGGACCACCUGGGAUGCAGGAAGGAGUACGGUGGGGAUUUCCUGAGAGCCAGGAUAUCUUCCCCAGCCCUGAAAGCAGGUGCUUCAGAGUAGGUGACUGACUUCAACAAUGGCACCUACCUUGUCCGCUUCACUCUGUUCUGGGAGGGCAAGGUGUCUCUGUCCCUGCUGCUCCUCCACCCCAGUGAAGGGGUGUCAGCUCUCUGGAGAGCAAGGAACCAAGGCUACAACAAGAUUAUUUUCAAUGGUAAGUUUACCAAUGGCACUACCCAUGUCUUCACUGAGUGUGGCCUGGCCCUCAACACGAGUGAAGAACUGUGCCAAUACCUGGAUGCUGGAGAUCAAGAAGCUUUCUACUGUGUGAAACCUCAACAUAUGCCCUGUGGGGCCUUGACCCACAUGACCACCAAGAAUCGAGAAAUUUCUUAUCUGACUGUCAAGGAGAAAAGUCUUUUCACCAGGUCCAAUGUAGGAGUUGAAAUGAUGAAAGACCUUAAACAUGCUGUUGUCUCCCAAUGUAACAACAGUAAAAUGAAAGCUACAGUGAUAAAAGAAAAAUGCCAAAUUGGCAUGAAGAUUCCUGUUCCUAGUGGUUAUGUUUUCAAAGGAAGAUGGAUUGCAACAUUUUGCAACCAGAUUCAGUUAGAUACAAAGAAGAUAAAUGAUUGCUUGAAAGGGAAACUCAUUUACCUCCUGGGAGAUUCUACACUGAGACAAUGGAUCAUCUACUUACCAAAAGUUGUAAAAAGUAAGUAGUUAUCAUUUUUUAGGAGUUUAGAAACUGGAAUGUUUAUGAAAUAUUUGCUUCUGGAUCCAGAAAACCAUAUUCAGAUUCAGUGGAAGAAACACAGCUUUCCUUUUAUCACUAUUAAGCUGUACUCUGUGAUAGAUGAAGGUUAUAUCCCUAGAGAAAUUGACCGGAUACCAGGGGACAACACCACAAUCAUUGUCAUCACCUUUGGCCAGCACUUCAGACCUUUCCCCAUUGACAUUUUUAUCCGCCGGGCCAUCAGUAUCCGAAAGGCUAUUGAACUACUAUUCCUAAGAAGCCCAGCCACUAAAGUGAUCCUUAAGACAGAAAACACCAGGGACAUGCAUGCAGACACAGAGAGGUUUGGAGACUUCCAUGGCUACGUUCAGUAUCUUAUUAUGAAAGACAUUUUCAAAGAUCUCAAUGUGGGUGUUAUUGAUGCCUGGGACAUGACUAUUGCAUAUGAUUCCAAUAACGUCCAUCCACCUUAUCACGUGAUUGGAAAUCAGAUUAACAUGUUCUUAAACUAUAUCUGCUAA